AUGACGAAAUCGGCUACAGCUGAUUCCAUUGCUACAGCCCUAAAAGAACGUCUUGCAACUAUUCUUCCUGAGGAUCAAAAGGCUAAGCUAAUCUGUCAGGCAUAUGAUGGAGCCAGCGUGAUGCGAGGUGCCACUGCAGGUGUUCAGAAGAAGAUACAAGAUGUGUACCCAAAUGCCCACUACAUCCACUGCUAUGCUCAUCAAUCAUCCAAGCGCACAAGCAUUCUUGAUAAAGUUGUGGCCCACAGACUACCAGCAUCCAGCAAUGUCAGAUGGAACUUUCACAGCCGUGCCAUCAAUACUGUGUUUGAGCACAGAGAGGACCUCAUCCGCUGUUUCGAAAGCAUACAAGACUCUGGUGACUUUGACCCCAUUACCGUCAGAGAGGCUGGAGCAUUUGCCAUGCUACUGGAGGAUCAGGAUUUUAAGUUCUUUCUGCAACUUUUCCACCAUAUCAUGCCUCAUGUGGACCUUCUCUAUGCCAAACUCCAGAAGAAGGUCAUAGAUUCAGUCUGUAUCCAGGAGAGCAUCCAACAGUUCCAGCAGGACAUUCAAAAGAUCAGAAAUUCUCUCCACUCCAUGGUUGGACAAAGCAGUGUAGGUAGUAGUCAGCCAGUGAAGAAGCGUCGGACACUCAGUGUAGAAGACCAUGAAAGGAUUGCUGCAGAGGUCUGUGAUAUCAUACUGGGACACACCAGGGAGCGCUUUUCUUUCACAAACCACCUUGUUAGUGCCACACUCCUGCAGGGGGACAGAUCCUCAUCACCACACCCAUGA